UCAUGGCGUAUAGUGGGACAGCUUUACUUUACUUUUUAUUAAUAUUAUUUACAGUUUAUUUAAAGAUUAUUUUUCAGUAUCUCAGACUAUAAAGCGUCGAUGGUUUUUAACAUCUUCAGAAUAGUGAUAAUAGUGUUGCAGACCGAAGAUAAUGUUAUGAUUCAUUUUGGGCAGGUAAAUUUGAAAAUAAGAUGGAUUUAGUCGGUCAGGAUGUUGCUCACAACGGCGAUAGUAAUUUAUCUGUAAAACUAUAAAGACCGGUUAAAACAUCCAUAGAGUAUGAACGGAAACCUAAACUUACUUUUAAACAACUUACAUCAGAAAGUAAACAACUGAGUGAAGUUUUCCAGCUACACAGUCGGUCUACAAGUAUUCAUUACUUCUCUUUAGCUCUUUAAGAACAACUUCCAUUAACCUGAUGACUACAAAGUAAUACGAACAAUCAGCGUUCUAUGUAAUUGUACGUUACUGAAUAUUUACAAGCUAUUGAUCUAGAAACUCUCAUUACUAUGAUUCUAUUUCAAUUUGUAUUCAGCUAUCCUUCAGUUGUCAUAAUUUUUAAACCGUACACAAUACUUGAACUUCAAACGAUACUGUAUGGCGUGUUAUACCGACAAAAACAGAAUUUUAAACAAGUAAUAUGAUUUAUAUCUUGCUAAUAUGUGCGCAGAUCGACAUUAGUGAAGGCUCUUUGGAUCAGUUCAGUUGUACCGUGCUACAGGAAACCCGCAAUAAAUCUGGUUCUCUUUGGUAUAUAAAAAACUAAUCAGAAACUUAGGAUGAUUUCUGCACUAUCAGCGUCAGAAAAUGAACACAGGGACAUUUUAUCUAAGUUAGAUUCCUUUAACCCACUCCUAAUUCUGCUGAAUGUCAGUGGAAUGUUGCCUCCACUUCGCAUAUAUUCCAGUCGCUGGAAGACAAACCUGUACAACGUGUUUUCCGGGGUCACAUUCCUCUCAUACAUUCCGCUCAUUGUAAUGCAAAUUAUGGGAAUAUUCGAGUACUCCGGGAACUUACUUUUGGUGACAGUUAUCAUAUUUCAGCUGGCAGCUUACUUUGACGGAAUGGUAACCAUGGCCUACUUUAUUUACCACAGGAAACGCUUACUGAAUACAUUCUAUUCAGUGGAGAAUAAAUUUAAUCCAUUCAUGCAAAAAGUCGGAAAUGCACAAACGCAGAAAAAAAUAAUUCUUGGAAAUAAAAAAUUUGAAAGGAUUAUAAGUUUUGUGGCAAUGGCAGCAUUUCUAGCAGAUAUGUGUACAUGGUGUGUUUUGCCUUCUAUUGUACGGUAUCUUGCGUAUUUUAACGAAGAAGAAGGAACGGCAGAUGUGGAAGUUAAACAGCAUUUAGAAUAUUUUAUCCUUGUCAUGUGGCUUCCACAGAAGGCAAGUGAAUUUCCUUGCUACGAAAUUCUGUACAUUUUCCAAUUCUUUUCCGUGUGGGGAGUCGUGUCGAAUUACGCAGCCGGUAAGCUGAUUAUCGUUUCGCUGUAUUAUCAUCUCUCGUCCCACUUUCGUAUUCUAGCUUCAGCUAUUGAGGACAUAGACGUGCUGUGUAAUAACAACACAACAAAAGAUGAAUGCAACACGUUCUCAGAAGAAAUGACACUAAACACUUCAGCUAACGAUACCAACGUUUCAUUAGUCAAGUUCACCGUUGAAGACUUAAGAAGACAUUUUUCUGUAACACAACCCGAAAACAUUUCCGAUAAAGAUUACACUUUUCCAUCUGAGUGUACGAAAAUAUUUUCAAGGGAAGAUGUGCUGUCUACAGCUCCAGAGCAUCGCAGUGAAGUAACUUAUCUUACUCACUGCAUUAAAUUUCAUCAGGUGCUACUAAAGUGAGUACACUAGUCACUUAAUGCAUUUAGAUUAAUUCUCAGACUGUAGAACUAUCAGUAACUAAUUCCAUAAAGCACAUCACGUCUUCAGAAGCUGAGAGCUAGUUAAAAAAUUACAAGCCUUUUACGGAACUCGAAAGUUCAUUACCGUGUUCAAAAUAUCUCACCAAUGGUCCCUAUGCUGAACAAAUUCAGUCUACCUUUCUUCCUAAAGAUCCAUUUUAAUAUUAUCCUCCCAUCUACGCCUAGGUCUUCCGAACAAUUUCUUUUCUUUUUUAAUCUAGACCAAUUUUAAUAUUGUCUAGAACAGUUGUAGUAUCCACUACUACUAUUAAACGUCGGUGUGAUUUGAAGUUUCGUGUGUUUAUUUGGAUACCUUACAUUACUGUAUACUAACUGCUAAAAUAUCCUACCGUUUCUUACAGAUUCUGUGUCGAAGUAAACGAUUUUCUGAGUAACAUUCUUUUGUUCGAUCUGAUAAUAUUUCAAAUUUUAAUGUGUUUACCGCCUCUUCAGCUGAUCUUGGGUCAGAAUGUAAGCAUGGUUAAGUUCGUGUCCAGCAUUGUUGAUACUGGAAUCUGGCCACUGCUGAUCUGCUUCUGGGGUGAAGAUUUAUCGCAACAGAGUUUGUCCGUACAGAAGGCCGCUUAUGGAUGCAGCUGGUACAACCGUUCGCAGCGCCUGAAGAAACUCCUGCAGUUCAUAAUAAUGCGUACCAAGAAGCCUGUCAGAAUGACGGCAGGAAAGUUCUACUACAUUUCGCUGGAGACAUUUGCUGACAAAAAUCUUCGUCACAACUGGAACGAAUCCGUGACCUGCAUCCGCGACCACCUGGAUACAUAAUAGGGCCCCUCUCUCAACCCCUACAACCGGUCUGUCAGAUGGUCUUCGAGGGACUUCUAUUUUCGCGAGAAACUACAGUAACUCCAUCUUCUGGUGGCACGUGCGAUGCCGCGUCAUGAACAGCUGUGUCAUUUUGAAAACCAUGAGUGACGAUUAAAGGUCAUGGUUUGAAAAUCAUACGCCGGUUCAUUACGUCACUGAACUAUUUGUGCACGCUGAAAAACUUGUAAAUUAACGUCAGUACUAAUAAACAUUUUUAAAACUUCUAAGAUCUUAAAACAGCGUUCUGUUCAUUAAAGUCAUCAACACAAACCAACCACUGCUACGCACUAAAUCUUAGCU